GAGAUGCCGGAAUCUGCAGUAAAAUCCUCCUCCAAUAAAUACCAAGUCUUCUUCUUUGGGACCCACGAAACNNNAUUCCUGGGGCCCAAAGACCUCUUCCCGUAUGAAGAAUGCAAGGAGAAGUUUGGAAAACCCAACAAACGGAAAGGGUUCAGCGAAGGUUUGUGGGAGAUCGAGAACAACCCCACUGUCAAAGCCUCCGGCUACCAGCCCACCCAGAAGAAGACCUGCCCCGAGGACGCUAAGCCGGAGCGGGAACCAGAAGGCGACGGGGAGAAGAAGGGCAACGCGGAGGGCAGCAGCGAUGAGGAGGGGAAGCUGGUGAUUGACGAGCAGUCCAAGGAGAAGAACGAGAAAGCUGGGAUCAAGAGGAAAGCAGAAGAUGCUUUGGAGGACUCCCCCAAACGCAGCAAGGAGGUGGAGGGGCAGGAAGGGGAGAAGAAGGUAGACAACGAAGAGGUCCCCAAGGAGGAGCCAAAACCCAACCCGGCCGAAGGGGAGAAGGAG